AUGUCCAGCAAUAUUACUAGUCUGUUUAAUCCACCCCCACAGAGAGAAUUAUCUGAAAAUGAGACCAAAGAUUGUGUACCAUGUCAAAUAAUGGCUACUCUAUUCUCACUUGGUUUUGGUGGGUACUUGGCUAGUGGGAAACCUUUCCAAUAUAGUGAGGUGGAGAAGAAGAAGGGAGUGACUAUGGAGGAGUUUAUUAAACGGAAUCCCAAAUGGUGGGUUUCGUCGGCUAGAGCUUUUGGCGGAGCUUUAAUAGCGUUUGGAUUUGUAAGAGGGACCGAGGGAUGGUUGUGGAAUAAGGACAAGACGUAUAAGACGUAUAAAUAA